AUGGGCCUCUGCUUCAGCAAGAAGAAGCCACCGGCCAAGCCCGGAAAGAUCGCCGUAGUGGUGUCCGACGACAAGACCAAGAAGCCGGCGCCGCAGCAGCAGCAGCCCAAGAGGGCGGCGGCGGCGGCGGGGGAGGCCGCGGCGACGGCGAACAAGGCGGCGGUGUUCGUCGGGAGGCCGGGGUCGUCGGCCAAGGACGCCGCCGCGGCGCCCGGGGAGGAUCCGAAGAAGAAGCGGUCGUCGGGGUCGCAAGAGCCGGCGGCGCCGAAGCAGCUGCCGGUGGUGCUGGUGCCCUCGGCGCCGGUGCGCACCUCCAGCUGCACCAAGGAGGAGGUGGACGCGAUCCUGAUCCAGUGCGGCCGGCUCAGCAGGAGCUCGUCCGGGGCCGGAAGGGCGGCGUCAUCCGGCGAGGCGGGAGACGGCGGCGGCGGACACCGCAGGAGGCGCUCGGGGUCCAAGCGCAGCUACGACUUCGACCAGGAGGCCAGGGACGAGGAGUGCGACUGGGACAGACAGGGCGCGGCGGCCGUGUCCAGGCCGUCGCCGCACCGGGGCUCGCCGCAGCGGAAGCGGUCGGGCAGCCGGGAGAGGAGCGGCGGCGGGAGCGGGAGCCGGAGGGCCAGCCGGUCGCCCGGGAGACGCGCGGAUGGCGCUGCGGCCUCUGUGGCCACGGCGGGCUCCGGCUGCGGAGACCGCGCGAGGCAGCAGCCCGGGAAGAUGGUGUCCGUGCCCGCGAGGGAGAAGGGGCACGCGCCGUCGCCCGCGGCCGCGUCGGGGAAGAGGUGCGCGUCUCCGAGGUCGAGCUCUCCGGCGAGGAUGGCGGCGGGGAAUGAGAAUGCUGGGGGUGGACCGGCGGCGGGGCCGACGCCGGUGCUCAGCCGGAGCUCGUCCAGGAAGAACGAGCAGUCUCCGUACAGGCGCAACCCCAUGGCCGAGCUCGACGAGAACUCUCUCCGUAACAACAGCAACCACAGUGCCAAGCCGCAGAAGAAAUCCACUGAGACUGCCGUCGCCGCGACGCCCAAGAAGGCUACGGGGCGUGGAAAGGAGCCGACGGCGGUGCCAAGCAGCUGCUCCGGGAAGGAAAAGCCGGAGAUCACAGAGGACGCCGCCGUUGCUGUUGCGGCGUCUGAGACGAGAGCGCACUCGUCGAAGACGAACGCGACGUGCACGGUGAGCAUCGUGGCCGAGAGCCUGACGAUCCAAAGGCCCGGUGCGCAGCCAGGGUGCCGAUCGCGGCGCGCGUCGCGAGACUUUGACCAAAACCCCGGCUCGUACACCACCCAGCUGCUCGAGGACAUCCACAACUACCACCAGCAAUCCACCUCCGCAGCUCCCUCCGCGGCCACGCCGGUGACGCCGUCCUUCUCGCUGCCGGCGUGCGUCGCCAAGGCCUGCUCCAUCGUCGAGGCCGUGGCUGACCUCAACUCCUCGUCGUCCGAAAACCGCACCUACGAAUACGAGCCUGGCCACUCCGCCGACGACAAAGGCUCCGUCAACGCGCCGGUCGGCAGCGACGACUUCGUCGAGCCGAGCGCCGCGCGCAAGCACCUGCUGCCGGUGCGGGACGUCCGCGCGGAAACCGAGCCUCAGGAGUCGGCUGGGAGCAACAGCGUCUCCGGCCACCCGUGGACGCCCUCCUGGGAGCCCACCUCGGUCGAGUCCUCGGAUCGGACGUGGAGCACCGGCGACGAGGUUGUCGAGCAGUCCGGCAGUCACGGCGGCCGCUGCAUCCCGAUGAACAGGCCCCGACAGAGCAAGCAGAGGCAGUGCCAGCUCGAGCCCAGUUGCCGGUCACGCGCCGGCUCUGGAAAAGGUAACGGCCAGUACCGUGGACGCAGCGCUCAUCGUGGCAGCGGCAGCGUGGCGAGCGGCCGGUCUGGUGUUCGAGUCGUCUCGGCGAAUUCGUAG